ACAGCUGAUCAUGGCACAAAGUCACACUGAGCGGCCGUAACCACCGCUUUCCUCCGACUUUCAUGACAGCGAGGCGUGAAAAUAAGGUCCCCGGAGGUCUGGGGGGAUCCUCCGCGCUCUCAUACGACGUGGCUGGAAAAGCGGAGCAGUGAGAUCACCGUGAUUUCAUCCUGACCAGAGACACCUGUUGCUCCAGUUUCGACAGACAGGUGCCACUUCGCUCGCACAGGGAGCAGCUCCGGGUCGAGAGGAGACCGAAACUCGGAUUUAUUCCUCAACUCUGUUAAAAUACUGUCUGACUUUGUGGUCAGUAUGAAAGUUACAGUGACUUUCGGGGACACCGCGGUGGUGGUUCCCUGUAAAACUAGCUGGACCGUCCGGGACUUAGUGGAACAGGCUACGCGGAGGUACCGCAGGAUUCUGGAGCAGUAUGAGGAGAGUGCAGUGAAAACACACCACUUGGAGUACCCUGAAGGAGGGAUCCUGGACAUGGAUGACCUGCUGAGUGAUCUCGUGGACGACAGAGACAAGCUGGUCGCGGUGUUUGAAGCAGUCCAGAGGAGGACGGACAGUCCCAGAGACAACAUGUCUGGCUACUCCAGUGCCACCCCCAGCCCUGAACCACUCCAGUACUAUCCCCACCUGCAGUACCAAGAGCCAAUCAGAGGAGAGAUUGAAGUCAACGAGGCUGUCCUCAAAGCCAACACGCCGCUGUUGGUGAGGAGCAGCAGUGACUCUGCUUUAGCCCCGCCCCAUGAGAAGACAGCCCCGCCGACACCUGAUGACCGCAGUGACGGAUCUCCUGAGCCGCAGGAAAUCAGCCAUGUACUGAAAGGAGCUUUGGACCGCCUGCGCACAGACGACCCCCCUGCCAAGAUGAGCCAGGUUAACUUCAGCACCCUGACGAGGACCAUAGAGUUUCCAGGUGACCAGGGGCCCCUGGGAAUCCAUGUUGUCCCCUACUGCUCCUCUCUCAGUGGACGGACCCUGGGCCUUCAUAUUAAAGGCAUCGAGGCAAACAGUCGCUCCCGGAGAGAGAAUAUCUUCCAAGAGGAUGAGUGUAUCGUCCAAAUCAACGACACACCACUCCAAGACAAGACCUUCGCACAGUCACAGGAAGUGUUCCGCCAGGCCAUGACCUCCCCCUCAGUGCGACUGGACAUCCUCCCUGUAGCCAACAAGCAGCGUUACGAGAAGAGCCUGAUAGGUCAUCUUUUCACCGGCGACGGCAAAGACUCGUCUGCAAAAGCAAAGAGCCCGAUGGUUAUCCGUGCCAAAACCGACCCCCAGCCAGAACCCAAACCAGACUCCAAACUGAACACCAAACUAGAAGUGAGGCGACCAGACACGCGUGCCAAGACCCCAGAGCCAGCUGCAGUGAACACGCCACCAGUGGAGCUCCAGUCUGGGCAUGGCACCUUGGAAAGAGUCUCUCCCACACCACCAGCCAGGGCAGAAAGCGCCUCCCCAACUCCCAGGACCCGCAGCCAGAGCCCCCUGGCCAGUAAGAACCCUGUCCUGCCCGGCCUGGCUAACCUUACCAGCAAGAAGGGCGGCAAGCGGAUAAAGAUUGACCUGAAGAAAGGCGCAGAGGGUCUGGGCUUCACCGUGGUAACCAGGGACUCUUCGGUCCACGGGCCAGGGCCGAUCCUGGUGAAGAACAUCCUGUCGCGAGGUGCAGCAGUCAAAGAUGGCCGCCUGCAGCCUGGAGACCGCAUCCUGGAGGUGAAUGGAGUAGACAUGACGGGCCGUAGCCAGGAGGAACUCGUGGCCAUGCUGCGCAGCACCAAGCAGGGAGAGAGUGUGUGUGUGGUGGUGGCACGGCAGGAGGACAUCUUCCUGCCUCGGGAACUGAAAGGUGAGGAAGCAAGCAGUGUGGUGUUGGAGGACGGCAGGGAGCAGCUCAUGUACGAGAUCCCACUCAAUGAGACAGGCUCGGCCGGCCUGGGGGUCAGCCUGAAGGGCAACAGGUCCAGAGAGACUGGAGAAGACCUGGGCAUCUUCAUCAAGUCCAUCAUCCACGGAGGAGCCGCUUACAAGGACGGUCGGCUGAGCGUGAACGACCAGCUGAUAGCAGUAAACGGCGAGUCGCUGCUUGGACGCUCCAACCACGCUGCCAUGGAGACACUGAGACGCUCCAUGUCAUCAGAGGGAAACGCCAGAGGCACCAUCCAACUCGUAGUGCUUCGAGCACCCAGACAGGUACAGCAGAUGGGCAGCACCAACCCUGCACCAAGCACAGCUACAAAUGUCUCCACCACCCAGCAAUCCAACUCUCAGUCAGGCUCCAGCAAUCAGGAGCCAAGGGACCACGAUGCAUACCAGAAGCAUCCGGGAUCUGCUGGACCCCCAAAAUCAGAGCCCACCAUGAACGCUGCCGGUCACACUCCAAUAAUGACGACCAACAACUAUGCGUACAGCAACUCUGGAAGUGCUCCGAAUCCCGCUGCGACCGCCAAUGGCAGCUACGGUCACUACGGCAACAAGGAUGAGGAGUCGGAGGAAGGCUUCCCCCCGCCACCCUCCCCCAGAGCUGUGGAGGAAAUGAACAGAGACUUGCCACUAACUCCUCCACAUCACAGUGAGUUUCAGAUGCCGCCGCACAUGGCUGCAGCUUUCUACAGCCAACUGGCCAAUGACGAGGACAACAUACCUCGCAACAGAGCGUCCAAGAGCAUGGAUAUGGUGGCUGAUGAGAGCAACAUUGGAUCACUGGUCAGGCAGAGGAACGAGCCUUCAGAUGGAGGAGCGCUGGGCCCAACCCUGGGCCUCUGGAAGUCCAGCUCCCUGGAGAGCCUCCAGACGGCCGUGUCGGAGGCCACGCACCAAGCCCAGGUGCCCUUUCAUCGCCCUCGGCCGCACGUGGUCCGGGGGCGGGGAUGCAACCAGAGCUUCCGCAUCGCCAUCGACAAAUCCUACGAUGGACCUUCUGAAGAUGACGAUGACCUGUCAGAGCAGAGCUCUGGUCACGAAACGCCCGCCAGCAGUUCGUCUCGCCAGGGCCUGGAACCAGAGGACGGAAAGAAGAAGAAAAAAGCCAAAGGGAAGAAGAAAGAGAAGAAGACCAAAGGAAAGAAGAAGACAGAUGAUUCUGUGGAGGAUCUGGAUAAGAAAACCAAAAAGAAGGGAUUUGGCCUCUUAAGGUUUGGCAAGAAGAAAGAAGACAAGAGCAAAGACGCAGCAAAAGCAUCCAAAAGUAAACUGGAGGCCCUGAGUGAAGAGGAACUGGACAAGAUCCCUGACAGCAGAGAUGGCUAUGAUCCUCGUUACAACAACAUCCACUCCGGCCACGUCACCCCCGACCCGGCCUCCCUCCCGGACGUGGAAGACGACGACAGUGACCCCAACUACGCCCGCAUCAACAACUUCCGCCAGCCACCCUCACCUCAGCCGUUCAUUAGUCGCACACCCUCUCCUGCGGUGGCAGUAGCGGGGCCUAACCUGCCUCAGGAGGAGCUGGAUGGGCUCUACGCCAAGGUCAACAAGUCCAGGCCCCCACCUGCUCCGCAGAACCAGAAUCACACACAAGCAGACAGUGAUCAGCGUUUCCAGGGGUUACGUAGGGAGUACCAGCAGGCCCGAGCCGCCCCGGUCUAUGAGGAGCUAGACGCCGCACGACGCCGAGUUCUGGAGAAUGACCCGCACCGGAUGGCACCAAGAGGAGUUGAAUCUCGACCCGCACACCGCUACGAAGAGAUAGACCGACAGUACCACACACACCCCAGGAGGGAUCCAUAUGAUUAUCCCACCCACUCGAGACCCGUGCCAAGAGAGUCAGCCCCGUACCCCGGCCACUACCACGACCCUCCCGUCUCCAGCCACCCUGGCCGUGUACCUCUCGCCCAGCCGGGCACCCAGUCCCAGCAGGCCUCCAGCAAUCCUCACUACUAUCCCUCGUCUCCCCGCUCAGGACAGCAGCCCCGCACGGUGGUAAGGCAGGACAUCCCCCCUUCUCCCACUGCAGGUCGCAGAGGGCGGCACUACUACGAAGCCGUCGGAGGGCGAGCUGACGGCUACCGGGAGGCCAGCCCUGGCCGCUACACCAGCCCAGAGAGGUACCCCGCCACAAGGGAGCGCUACACCAGCCCUGAGCGUUACGGCUACAGAGAUGAAAGACAGCCUGACCCAAGACGGAAGAACCCGGUCAUUGGUGCGGUGUAAAAGGUAGCCCCCCCACCUCACCACGAAAAAUUAGGUUAGCUUGGGUCAUUCACACAAAAAUAACUCAGAAUUCAUGUUUCCAGCUCUGUCACUGAGGCUGCCAGCAUGGAUAAGGGUGAUUUUUGCCAAAUUAAUUUAUUUGGUCAGAAACCGUGAGGGGAGUAAGUGACAAGCUGAGAAUACAUCAGGUCAUAACUGUCUUCACAGGCAAAGGCGGAUUUAACAAGCAUCAUUUGGGUGUAAAUACAUAUUUACAUAUAUAUAGAUACUGUACAUGUUUGCAACAGCUUGUAUAUAUUCGCAAUUGUGUCAGUAAACAUGCUAAUUGGAUUUUAUUUUUGACAAAAUUUUUGUAAUGUAGAAAUUAAAUUAAACUGAGGGAAAUUAAAUUAAUUACAUAGAGAUAUAGAGUAAAUUUCGUGCCAUGUGUUGUAUAGAAUCAACUUUACACCAGCAAACUGAGCAUGAAGGUGGUGCUGAGUGGUAUUUUGCACAAGCUGAUCAAACUGAAAGACAUAAACAGGGACCUUGACCAACCAGACUGUGAUAACAGAAGAGACACAGGAAGCUAAAGUCGACAAACAGGAAAAGGAAGCAACUCCCCUUCAAAGUGUCUUCUUGUCCUUGAUGUUUUGUCGCUUGGACUUCCUUUACAUCCUGCUAUCACACUUUGGGUUUUUUUGCCUUUGAUUAUUUGGACGUGGACGUGGCUGAUACAUUUACUGUAUUUUUUAAAUGCAUUGCAAAUGAGUUUAUGUGUGAUAUUUUUUGUGGUGUUUCUAAUGAGAUGUGUUCGUCUUGAUCCGCACACAGGCUGUACAAGUAUGCUGUGGGACGCCUCGUACACUGUGCAGCUAAUAUAGUGUUUAAUUACACAUUUUAUCCUUUAAUAUAUCAUUCCUAAAAGUCACUGCACUGAAAACUCAUUAAAUGUGUCACUGGUGGUUUGAUUUAAACACGCUGUCAGAUAAGUGCAUGAUUUUUUUUUUUUUUUACACAAAUAUUUUGCAUUAAAUGUUUUAAGAUUCUCAUCCUGUGCAGCACUAAAUCACUUCAUCCUG